GCAACAGCAACUGGACGUGUGACGCAGCGUGAGGUUCGGUGCUUGCCUGCCUGCCUGAAACCCCAGCCGGAGCCUGGUUAUCUUCGUCAGAUCUUGACCGAAGAUGCAGUCUUUCACAAGAAAUCUGAGAGGGUCAGAGGGACAUGACUUGAGCACCAACUGCCGUUGGUUGCGCUGUACCUAGCUCGCUCUCUGCUCGCAGCGGAGGAGAUCGACAGAUAGAUCGUCACCUCACUUGCUCUUCUUUUUUGCUUUCCCUUCUGGUGCUGGGGUUUUUUCUCGCCCGUUGAGUCACUUGCAAGGGAGGAGAGAGCAGAGCAGAGGAGGGGGAAAGCCGACGUUGACGCGACGCGUCGUCGUCUAAGCUUGCUGUACCGGAGAGAUUGCACUGCACCGCGCCCAUCUUGCUCCGCUGGCAGCUUCUCCCUCGGCUCGCCUCAACUACCAGCCCGUCCGUUCCAUGGGCGGCGGCGGCGGCGGCACGAGGAGCCGUGGGGACGAGAGGGGAGUCGGCCCCCUGCUUCCGGAGAUGCAGAGCGGCAUGACGCCCCCUCCCGGCGGCUCCAACGGUCACCACCACCGCCGGCAGCAGGUUUCCGCCAUGGAGUCCGGCGGCGACGCGCCGGGGGCGGCGGCGAGGCGGCGCUUCAACUGGAAGGCGCCGGCGAUCGUCCUAGUGUUCGAGCUGCUGGAGAGCAUCGCCUUCUCCGGCGUGGCGCUGAACCUGGUGGUGUACCUGGCCACGGUGCUGCACGGGAGCACCGCCUUCAACGCCGCCCACGUCGACACCUGGAACGGCACCACCUUCAUCGUCCCCGUCAUCGGCGCCUUCCUCGCCGACAGCUACUGGGGAAAGUACCGGACCAUCCUCGCCUCCAUCGCCUUCUACCUUGUGGGCUUGGUGCUGCUCACCGUGUCCGCGGCGGUCCCGUCGCUGCGGCCCGGGACCGCGUGCCAGAUGGGGGCGUCCUGCGCGCCGGCGACCAAGACCCAGUUCUCCGUCUUCUUCGCGGCGCUCUACCUGACCUCCAUCGGCACGGGCGGGGUCAAGUCGGCGCUGCUCCCCUUCGGCGCCGAGCAGUACGACGACGACGCCGAGCGGCCUGAGCGGAAGCAGGCCUUCUUCAGCUGGUUCUUCGCCGCCAUCAACCUCGGCAUCUUCAUCGCCGGCACGCUCAUCUCCUGGCUGGAGCAGAACGUGGCGUGGGCGCUCGGAUUCGGCGUCGGCACGGCCUGCCUGCUCGUCGCCGCGCUCGCCUUCGUCGCCGGCACACCCUGGUACCGGGUGCAGAUGCCCACGGGGAGCCCGCUCAAGGACAUCAUCCGGGUCCUCGUCGCCGCCUUCAGGAAGCGCAGGGUGAGGCUGGAACUGGAGGACGGCGCCGCGGCGCCACUGCACGAAGACGACGACGCCAAGGACGAGCAGCAGCUGGCGCGCACCAAGGGGCUGCGGUGCCUGGACAGGGCCGCCGUGAUCGUGAAGGGGGAGGCGGCGGCGGAGGGCGCGUGGUCGCUGUGCACGGUGAGCGAGGUGGAGGGCGUGAAGAUCCUGGUGCGGAUGCUGCCCAUCUGGGCGACGUGCGUGCUGUACGCGGCGUCGCUGGGGCAGAUGACCACCACCUUCAUCCAGCAGGGGAUGGCCAUGGACGCGCGGGUCGGGGGCCGGUUCAAGGUGCCCGUGGCGUCGCUGGUGUCCGUGGAGGUGGUGUUCAUGCUGCUGUGGGUGGCGCUGCACGACGCCGCCGUCAUCCCGCUGGCGCGGCGGGUGACGGGCCGCCCCGGCGGGCUGACGCAGCUGCAGCGGAUGGGCGUGGGGCGGUUCCUGGUGGUGCUGGCGCUGGGGACCGCCGCGCUGGUGGAGCGGCGCCGGCUCCGCGGCGUCAGCGCCGGCGGGGCGGCGAUGAGCAUCGUGUGGCAGGUACCGCAGUUCGUGCUGGUGGCGGGCUCCGACGUGUUCUGCGGCAUCGCGCAGCUGGAGUUCUUCUACGGGGAGGCCCCCGCGGCGAUGCGCAGCAUCUGCUCCGCCUUCUCGUUCCUGGCGCUGUCGCUGGGGUUCUACGUGAACUCGCUGGUGGUGACGCUGGUGGCCGCCGCGACGGGGCGGCCCGGGUGGCUGGCGCCGGACCUCAACGCCGGCCACCUCGACUACUACUUCUGGCUCUGGACCGUCAUCAGCGUCGCCAACCUGCUGCUCUACAUGGUGCUCGCCGCCCGGUACACGCCCAAGCAGGUCGCCGCCGCCGUGGAGCCGGCGACGAGUGAUUAAAAAAUUGGGCUGGGCGCGUCGAUCCAGCACAGCGAGUCCAGCAGCCGCCCGAUCCGGGCGCUUACUAUACAGACAGCCGAGACAGUCAGUCAGUCAGUCAGUCAGAUGGAAAGCCUAGGCAGCGAGUGAAUGUUCUGAGUAGGAUACACCACUACACCAUACUACAGUACAGUAGUAACAUGCAUGUUCCCCAAUUAACCGUUCUGUGAGAUCUAAUCGUGAGUUCGCAACACUGUUAGCAGACUAGCACCAUCAUCAUUUUGUACAAGUGAUCCAAGCAGUUAGUGUCGUUACAUUGAGA